AUGAAGCUUCUUCCUGCUGUUAUCGCAGCUGCUGCUGGUCUCGAGGUAGCGGACAAUGCCUGGACUAAGGUUGCUGCUGCUUACAACGAGGUCUACGACGAUGUAUUCGCCGCCUACGUUGGAAGAGGACUGCCCGCCCGCAAUUCAAGGAAGAAGGCAAAUCGACUUCGCGAUUUCUACAACAAAGUCGAAAACUUCCCCACUCGCAUCUCAGAUUCCUGCGUCGAUUUUGCCGGCUCCGGCGACCCGGAUGCGUUCAUCCCUCCUUACUACGACAGUGAAGACUGCAACCUCCUUGCACCAACUCCUCCUCCCUGCGAGACCAACCCUUGUGAUGGACUCGACGACUGCCACAUUCUCGUCGAUGGCUGCAGCCUCCAACCUUCUCGAAACAAUCAGAUUGGAACCGUGCCCGCCGCUCUCAACUACAAAUUCUCCGCUGACGUUCUCUGCGAUCAAAGCAUGGCGCUUGAUGGAGUCUUCAAGAACAUAUUUCACACAUUUGCCGAUACCCCUCUCUGCUCUGAUCCAUGCGAUGGAAUCGAAAGCUGCACAACACUUGUCAACGGCUGUGAAAUUGCUCCCACUGCCAAUUAUCAAGUUGAGACCGUCCAAGCAACCCUGGCCUACAAAGCGUCUGCUGAAGUUUUUUGCAGUCACGAGAAGGCGGUUUCUGCGAGCAAUCAGACCAUUCUUCGACUUGGGGCAGGUGGUGAUAUCGGUGCGCCCGGGGAUCGGACUUUUCUUCUCAUGAGAAAUGCAAACGGCAAUGGAGUUCACGUUGUGGUGAAUUUUCCUGGUGAUUGGAGUCAUCAAAGAUAUGUGAUUCACGACUGUAUCGAAAACGAGUGGAACACCUACGCUGUUGAAGUGACGGUGCUUGAAGGGUCUACACUUUCGUAUGUCGCCACCGUCGACGGAGUCACCGUCAUGGAUGGCACUUACGACUCGAGCGGCGCAAAGACUACCGGCGACCUCACAGCAUUUGUCGCAGGGCAAUACAAUGAGCCCGCUACAGGCUUCAACGUCCGUAAUUUCUUCUACCAAAUUCUCGAUGCCACUCCAGCAUGCGCUGUUGACCCUUGUGACGGAGUCGAAAACUGCUUCAGCUUUGUCGACGGUUGCGCCAUCGCCCCAAUUCAAAAUAAUGUUCUGGAAACUGUGCCAGCUGCUGUGAGCUACAAGGCUUCGGCUGAAGUUUUCUGCGAUCAUAGCGCGCCGUUGAACUCGGAAUACACGGCCAUUCUUAGACUAGGCGCAGGCGGUGCCAAUCACGGCGGGCCCGGCGAUCGAACUUUUCUACUCAUGCGAGAACCCAAUGGCAAUAGAAUUCACUUCGUAGUUAACGAUCCGAUUGAUACUUAUGCCCAUCAGCGAUACUCGGAUGUCACCUGCACUGACGAGGAAAGAGAGGGGCGGCGAAUAAUUUGCGACGCAAAGGCUGAAGAGACAAAAAACGCCUUUCCGAUUGAAAAUGGAUCUUGGGCUUGCCCUAAUCUCGGUCUUCAAAGAUCGAAGAUCCUAUGUCAGCCAACAUGCGACGCUGGAUUUAUUCCAGACUGGACUGUGAGGCCGAAAAAGAACAUUGCUAGAUUCAUGACUCGAUGCGGUGACCCAGCUACUGUUGCUAGAAAAAAUCUGCCGGUUGGUACUCAACUUUCAUGCUCUCCAAAACCAUCCCAUCCAUGUGCCGGUAAAGCAGCCACUAUCAGCAUCGAAGACGGACAGCUCAACCUUCUGAAGCCUGUCAUCAACAAAAAGCGAGCCAACUAUGAAGUUGUCUGCGAUGAUGGACAAGUCAAAGGGACAAUUCAUUGCUACAAAGUCAACGACCCUGAUUACGUCCAUCCCGUCGUCGGCGAUAAAUACCACCAAAGAGACUAUGAAGUUGAAUGCAACGAUCAAGAAUGGAAUACUUAUGCUGUCGAGGUGAAACGAGUCGAGGGGACUUCAUCGACUUUGAAAUACGUAAUGAGUAUUGAUGGCGCAACUGUCUUGGAAGGAAGCUAUGACUCGAUUGGCUCCAUGACGACUGGAGAACUUCAAGCUUUCGUUUCGGAUGAUUUCUACCUCGCGGCUUCUGAGUACCAAGUUCGAAGUUUCUUCUAUCAAACAUGCUCCGAUCCAUGCGAUGGUCUUGAAAAUUGCACUUCAUUCGUCAACAGCUGCGCCGUUUCCCCUGUUCAAAAUACUCAAGUCGGAACCGCCGCUGCAGCCUUGAGCUACAAGGUCUCUGCUGAUAUUUUCUGUGAUCACAGCAUCGAGCCUGACGGAAACUGGAAGACUAUCCUCCACGUGACUGGCGGAAACGACUACGGCUCUCCAGGAGAUCGAACCUUUGCGUUUUUCCAACGGCCAUCUGAUCAAAAGAUCCACUUUGUUGUCAACGAUCCGGACUACGUCCAUCCAGUUGUUGGUGACAAAUACCACCAAAGAGACUACGAAGUUGUAUGCAACGAUCAAGAGUGGAAUACUUAUGCCGUCGAAGUACAGCUCGUUGAAGGGACUACGUCAACAUUGAACUACAUUAUGAGCGUUGAUGGAGUCUCAGUUGUUGUAGGACGCUACGACUCCAGCGGCUCCAUGACUACUGGUGAUCUCCAGGCAUUCGUCUCGGACAAUUUCUACCUUGCCGCUUCUGACUCGUUUUAUCACUUCGAAGAGGGCCACCACGAUUCCGGAAUCGCUUCCAACAGCUCCAGCGAUGGCUCCAUCGGCUCCCCUCAAUCAGCAAGGAACGAAUACGAAUCGCCAAAUAUCCAAGCAGCCCCUCUCGCCACUUUCGAGAAUUCUUCUCAGGAAGAGGUUCUUCUACCAACUCGAUCAAAUUCUGUCGAAGAUGUGCCGCCUUCUCCAUCAUCUGGUUCCUCAUCUAGCUACAACGACUUUCACAGUUCCCAAUAUCAAGACCUCCAUUACAGCCAAAAUCAAGAGCCCCAAGUCUCAAUUGAAAAUCCUCAGAUGAAUUUCUAUAAUGAAAAUUUCUACCAACCACAGCCUCAAUAUCAACCCCCUCCGCAACUUGGAACUCACCAAGAAUCGUCUCUUCCAGAUAACUACUUCCAACCCAUCCCAAAUUUCUUCUCACAAACUCAACCAUCCUCUCCGCAAGAAGCCUCCAAGCGAUCUCUUCCCCAGACAGAAAUUCCUCCAGCAAAACGAUGCAAGCCUUCCGACGUCUCGCUCGAAAACCGCGUCUGUUCGAACUGCAAAGCCACAGUCACUCCCCUCUGGCGACGAGAUGAGGCAGGAAAUUACCUCUGCAACGCUUGUGGAUUGUACUGCAAAGUCAACGGCAAAUCUCGCCCCCUCGUCAAGCCGAAGCGAAAACCAGCGCCCUCGAAGCGACAAGGAACAAUUUGCGACAAUUGCAAGACGACAGAAACUUCGCUUUGGAGAAAAAAUUCUUCUGGGAUCUCGGUUUGCAACGCUUGCGGACUUUAUGAAAAGCUUCACAGGACUCCCCGACCACUGACGAUGAAAAAAGACGGCGCGAUCCAGACCAGAAAUCGUAAAAUCAAUCCAUCUCGAUCACGAAAACAACAUUCGCUGCCGCAAACUGAUGAAUUGAGCUCUCAUCUUCCCAAGAUGUUCCCGAUGGCGAUGAAUCCCAUGGCACUAUUUUGGAAUCUCCAUCCUCUUCCCGAACCUAACGGUCCUUUGACCCAUACCUUCCCUUCACUUUUUCAGCCCUAUCACUAA